AUGUCGCUUUAUAACUUUAAGAAGAUCGAGCCGGUGCCUACGGCCACCGACUUUAUUGACAUUAUCUUGUCAAAGACACAACGCAAGACUCCUACUGUCAUUCACAAGAACUACAAUAUUGGUCGUAUUCGUCAGUUUUACAUGCGCAAAGUCAAAUUCACACAAGACAGCUUUGAAGAAAAGUUCAAAGCCAUUCUCGAAGAAUUCCCCAAGCUCGAGGAUAUUCAUCCCUUCUACGCUGAUCUCAUGAACGUCCUUUACGAUAAGGAUCAUUACAAACUUGCCUUGGGUCAGAUCAACACUGCUCGUCAUUUGAUCGAUCAAGUUGCCAAGGAUUACGUUCGUCUUCUCAAAUUCGGUGAUUCGUUAUACCGUUGUAAGCAGUUGAAGAAGGCUGCGCUUGGAAGAAUGGCCACGAUCAUGAAGCGUCAAAAAGACAGUUUAGCUUAUUUGGAACAAGUUCGUCAGCAUUUGUCCCGUCUCCCAUCUAUUGAUCCCAACACUCGCACAUUGCUUAUUUGCGGUUACCCUAAUGUCGGCAAAUCCAGUUUCAUCAACAAGAUUACCCGUGCUGAUGUGGACGUACAGCCCUAUGCUUUCACCACCAAAUCGUUGUUCGUUGGUCACAUGGAUUACAAGUAUAUGCGAUGGCAAGUGAUCGAUACCCCUGGUAUCCUUGAUCAUCCUUUGGAAGACCGUAACACCAUCGAAAUGCAGUCCAUCACCGCCAUGGCUCAUUUGAGAGCUUGCAUCAUGUACUUUAUGGAUUUAUCGGAACAGUGCGGUUACAGUGUCGAGGACCAAGUUAAAUUGUUCCACAGCAUCAAGCCCUUGUUCGCCAACAAGCCGAUUGUUUUGGUCAUCAACAAAAUCGAUCAGGUGAAGCCGGAAGAUUUACCCGCCGAACAAAGAGCAUGGAUUGAAGAAAUCGCUAACCAAGACAAUGCCACGGUGCUUACCAUGUCUUGCUAUUCUGAUGAAGGUGUGAUGGCCGUGCGAAACAGUUCUUGUGACCGACUUUUGGCAGCUCGUGUGGAGAUGAAGUUGAAGGGCAACAAGAUCAACGAUAUCAUUAACAAGAUCCAUUUGGCUCAACCUAAAGCCAGAGAUGAUAUGGUGCGCUUACCUAAUAUUCCUGAAGGUGCUAAGGACAGAAUGAAAUACGAUGUCAGCGAUCCCAACCGACCGAAAUUGGCCAAGGAUAUCGAAAUGGAGAAUGGUGGUGCUGGUGUGUUCAACGUCGAUCUCAAGAAACCAUACUUGUUGGCGAAUGAUGAAUGGAAAUACGAUGCUAUUCCCGAAUUCUUGGAUGGUCGCAAUGUGGCUGACUUUAUUGAUCCUGACAUUGAGGAGAAACUCGAAGCCUUGGAACGUGAAGAAGAACGUCUUGAGCAAGAAGGUUUCUAUAACGAGGAUGCUGCUACCAUGGAUAGCGAUGAAGAGAUUCUCCGAAGCACUGCCGAUGCUAUUCGCGAUCGUAAGAAGAUCAUUAUCAAGCAACAUCGUGCUGCGCGCGGCAAGAAUUACCCCAUUAUACCCAAGAAGGUGGCUGCCAAGCGUGCCACUGUGGAUGAUAUGGGCGAACAUUUGAGCAAGAUGGGUCUUGAUGCGGAAGCAGCUAUGGAACGAGGACGUAAUGCUAAUCGCAAGCGUACUCGUGCCGAAGCUAUUCCUGAUGAAGCGGUUCGUGAUGCUGAUGUGGCAACACGCGAAGAAGCGGUAUCUGCAGAGAUGAGCAAUCUCGGUUUCCGAAACGUCAAACAGAAAAUGGAAGCUGAUAAGCAAAAGAAAUACGUUCAGAAGCAAGCUGCCAAGUUUGGUAAGCGUGGUGAAGCCGAUCGUCAAAUCCAAACCAAGAUGCCCAAACAUCUGUUUAGCAGCAAGACCUCCAUGGGCACCCGUGAUUGGCGAUAA